UUGAAUGACAGAGAUUGCGCCAUAUCUCUCUCUUAUCGUUCUUGCACAUCGACGUUGACGUUUAACCUGCCUGCGUAUCCCUCGCUUAGCUCGCCUCGCUCGGCUCGCCCCAAGAAAAGAGCCAAGGCAGGCGAGAAUGCAUAGGUAUCGAUCAGCACUGCAGCAGCUUGAUUUGUAAACAUUCCCGUUACCAUUCCAGAAACAUUGCACAUGAAGCGCUCUCAAAACCUGCUCAAUUGCGUAUCAUAGAUGCAAUUGUCUUCCUUUUAUCGCGAGAAAGGUCAAGGCCGAGAUAUUCGUCGGAGCUCAAAGACUUGGCGAGGAUAAAACUGCGUGGAGUUAAGCAGAAACCUUGCAUUUGAAUAUUACCACAUCACGUCAUGAUACUUCUCGUUUAGCGUUUGUGGUUUUGCAGAGGCUGCGCUGAGAUGAUUUUGGCAAGAACGGCUCCAAUUCUGAUGUAGCUGCCAAGUUCGGUGUUUUCGAGCGGGAGGAUAAUUGUCAGAUUGGAGCCCAGCAUCAAUCGGUUCACGCUCAUAACCACUCAUCCCAAUUCAUUCAACAAAUCAAAAAUGUCGUCUCCCUCGAACUACAAGGCCGCCGUCCUACUGUCUCCCAAAGCGCAACAUACGAUCGAAACACGCUCCCUCCCACCCCUAAAACCAGAUGAAGUAGCGAUUAAGAUCGAAGCCACGGCUAUAAACCCCGUCGACUGGAAAAUGCGAGAUUACGACCUCUUCUUGCCAGGCUAUGUACAUCUCCCUCCACUUCAUCCUCUCCCUCCCCUCCCCUCACUUUCCUUUUCUUUUCCUUUCCUUUCCUUUCCUUUCUUUUCCUUUCCUUUCCUUUCCUCCUUUCCACAACUCUCCACGUCACAGAAUAAACCUCAGAACGUCUACCAAACUGAACUGACACUCAUCCAUCCCUUCCAGCCCGCAAUCCUCGGCUCCGACGCCUCGGGCACGAUCAUCUCCCUAGGAAGCGCAGUAACGGACUUCUCACCCGGCGACCGAGUCUUCUUCCAAGGCAUAAUCGGCACCCCUCAAUCCAGCACCUUCCAACAAUACUGCAGCAUGCCCUCCUCGCUGAUCUCUCUUAUCCCCUCCUCCAAAAACCCAUCCAACCCAUCCGCAUCCACAUCCACAUUCAUCUCCUUCGAAGCCGCAGCGGGAAUCUCCCUCGCUACCAUGGCUGUAGUAACAGCAUUCUACCACACCAUCGGAUACGGCAUGUCUCCACCUUGGUCCACUGGCGGGGAUCAAGUUGGGAAAGGGAAGGCGGUGGUGAUUCUGGGGGGAGCGAGUUCCGUGGGGCAGUAUGCGGUGCAACUCGCUAAACUCUCUGGCUUCGAGAAGAUCGUUACGAAUUCCGGAGGAGAUAACAUCGCCUUGGUUGAAAAGCUAGGCGCGGAUAUCGUGCUUGAUAGGAAGGUUUGCGGAGUUCAAGAUUUCGCCUCGGUGAUUGGAGAUCUGGAAGUGGCGUUUGUGUUUGAUGCUAUUUCUGCGCCUGGUACGCAGAGGCUUGGUGUGGAGAUCCUGCAGGCUGUGAGGAGGAGGGGGGAGGGGAGUUGUUUGGUGACGCUGCAUACUGUGCAUCCGGAUCGUCCGGAUGAGGAGGCUGCGAGGUUGGGGGAGAAGGGGGAGAGGAAGGUGGAGAUUAGGCAGGUUCUGGGGUUGGGGAGUCAGGAGGAUUUGAGGUAUUUGAGUGAGCCGUUGAUGAGGGCGUUGGGUGGGGAGGAGGGGUGGAUUGCGAAGGGGAGGUUUGUGCCGAAUAGGGUGAGGGUUGUGGAGGGGGGGUUGGGGAUGGUGGAUGAGGCCUUGGAGUUGAAUAAGAGUGGUGUGAGUGGGGUUAAGGUUGUGGUUAGGCCGUGGGAUGGGGAGUGAGUGGAGAUGGAUUUGUUGGAGGAGGUGAGUGAGCGAAGGUGGGGAUGGGGAGAGUAGACGUAGGUUCCAUAAAUGGUGGUAAAGUGCUCUUAUUCGUGAUUCAAUAUGAUUUUCAUAUACACUGCUUUGUAUCAAUGUUUGUUACGUGAUUAGUAUCCCGCCUGAAUU